AUCCAAAGCGUGGAAUAACAAAAAUAAUAUUUUUGAAUACCUUGAUUUGUGUCAUCAAGUUUUAACAAAAAAAAAUGUAAAAUUUCCAGACAAUGAUGUUGUAGUAAGUACAUGCAGCAACCAUUACAUAAAAAAUGUUGUAAAGCAUGCAAAAACAAUUUUUAAUGAUGAAAGCAAGGCAUAUUAUGUAUCAAAAUGUGUUGGCCUCGUAUUUGAUAUGGAUAAUUAUGAAGAGAUAAAAAAUUGGUUCAGACUAUUAAGCAGAAUACUUCUUUCCAAAUAUGUAACACCUUUAUGUAAUAGUGCUAGGGCAGAAAUUAAUUUUCUUUUUAAAGGCAAACCCUCUAAAUGAAAAACCAUUUUAUGCUGAGUGUAAGAAAUCUGCUUUCUAUUAUGAUUUCAAAGAAAUAUUAGAUGCUGUUUACAUAGAAAUAUCCAAUACGGUUGAUGACCAGGGAAAAAAUGACAUGUAUUCUGAGACAUAUUUGUUACAUUUUCUCAUUGAGAAUAUACCCUACAUUCCACUAUGGAGUAGAGUGAUAACAGCAAAAAUUGGCUUGGAAAAACGUCAGAGCAACGCAACUGCAGAAAGUUGGUUUAAUAUCAUUAAAAAUCAUGUUCUAGGUAACCAAAGAAAAAUGAAAUGUGGAAGGUUUAUAGAAAAAACCAGUGCACGGGUAACUGCUAUUUGGAGCCGUUGUGGAUUGAUAAUUCCUAAAAAUGUGCUUGCAAUCAGACCUAAAAAUAAUGCUAAUAAUGAUGAUGAGUUGCACCUGAAUGAUAAAGAAUUCUGGCUUAAAAAAGGUAAAAAACCUUCUAAUCUUGUUAACUUGGGAACUAUUUUAAGACCACAAAAAAGUAUGAAUACAUUCAAAAAUACUAAAAGUAUAAGUGAAAAUGAUAAAACAAAUGAAGUGUUGAAUCGAAAGUUUGUUUCUGAGGUAAGUGUGCAAAAAGAUAUUGAACCUUCAGAGGACAUUGGUAAUGCUCAUUACAGUAGUAUAGAAAUUUUAAAUGUUGAUUGUAUAAACGAAACACUUGAUUUAGUUGAAAAAUAUAAAAACGAUGACACUAAUAAAGAUUCUUCUGUUAUAUCCUAUGGUCAUACUGUAGUAUGGGAGCCAUCUGGAGAUGAAUCACCAGUUGGGAAGUAUAAGAUGUACCGUACAAGUAAUUUAAUUAAAGAUGGAUUAUAUUAUAUGCAUGGUUAUCCAGGGUGUAAAAAUUACAUAGUUGCCAGAAUGUCUUUUGGAAAUGAGACGGUUGAAAUAUCUUCUGAAGACUUCAAACAUUUAGAUACUAAGGGCGAAAAUAAUGAACUUUGGUUAGAAAAUAAAGAAAUUUGGUGUUUGUUACAGAUUUGUCUAAAAAGAAGUGAACGAACUUGGGUCAAACAAAAACAACAGAUGCUGGGAUGUAUGAGUCCAGAUAUAUCGUACUAUAUGAUCAAUUUGGGAAAAAGAAUUGAACCUCCAAAUGAAAAUGGUAAAAUUGAAGAUCAAUUGAUGACAAAUAAAAUAAUUAUGAACAAAUUCAAUCCAAAUGAUUACAGAAAGAAAUUACAAAAUUUGAUUUUGAGUAAUUCGGAGUGUAUGAAAAACAAUUGUCUAAUCUGUGGUGUUGAUGAAGGUAGUUUUAACGAGAAAAGCAAAAAGAUUGACAAAAGAAGUGGAGAAAUGGUACAAUGUGAGUCUUGUACUCGAUGGUUACAUAUCAAUUGUUUACCGAAAAAAGAUCCAUUGCCUGACAAUGAUAUCAAGUGGAUCUGUGGACUUUGUUCUGCAAAUGGUAUUUAAUUAUAUUGUCACAGAAUUUCUGAUUGGGAAAGAAAUCUGUGUGUGUUAGUUGUUAACUUAUUAGUGCUACAAUUUAAUCUUAUAAUUAUUUUUCGUUUUCAUCUUCACUAAAUUCCAUCGACUCAUUAAACAUCUGAUCUUUUAUGAUAGUAUAUACUAUUCCAAGACUAGUGUUAGAAAUGACUGUGUGGUGCUAUUUAAUGGUUGCUGUACAUUUCUAUUUUUUAAGUUUUGACUCUUUUAAUGAAAAUUGACAUAAAAAAAAGCAGCUUAAAAUUUAAAAUGCUCAUUCGGCGAAUUUUAUGAUAUACACCCCCUUUUCAUAUAAACAUUAGUUAGACGGGCCACUGGAAAGCACUAAUUUGUUAAUAAUGAACAUGAUGUAGACUGCCCAAUGGUGAGUACAUUACAUAGUGGAGUUUCUGAUCAGAAAAGAAAUCCACGCUAAAGCCUUUAGGGAAAGGCUUAAGCUCUUUAGGGAAAGGCGUUCACGUCUUUAGGGAAAGACGUCCUUAUUAGAUACUCGUUAUCUGAUGGGGUAACUCUGCCAAAGCUGGUCCCAAGCCCAGUCGAAAAAAGAGGAGGGAACCAUCAGAUAUAUUUUCAUAUUGUAUUUAAAUAAAUAGUUUUUACUUAAAUUAAUAAUAUUACAUUUAUAAGUUCAAUAAAUGACUAAUAUUUUAAUAUAGAAUUAUGAAUUUUAUCUAAAUAUUAAAUAAAUUAUUAAGUUUAAAAUUGACUUAUACAAUAAACAAACUAAUUUUUUUGUAUUGAUAUAGUAAACAUGUUUGUAAAAUUUUCUAUUAGAAAAACUUAAUUUCGCAGAGUACAAGUGAUGGGUUUAUUGCCCCCUAUAAUGAUUUCUACAUCAUAUAUUAAUACAUGCCAAUGUGUAUUUGUACAUAUCGGUUUAUAGGAUUUCAAUAUUUCUGAAAUAUUGAUAGUUUCUUUGGGAGAGGGUUAUUGCAUUGUUUGUAUCCUUUAUAAAUACUUUUUCUAAUAGGAAAUUUUGAUCAAUGUCUUGACACGACUUAAGGAAUUGAUCCUAAGUGUAUUUGAAUGUAUAAAUACUUGUGAGUAUUGAUAUUUCUUAUAUAAAUGUUAUAUUUUGUUUAGAGUGGAAGUUGUGUUAUAUGGGAUCCUUUCAAUUGUAUACAUUUUUAUAUAGUUUUAUAAUGUAUUAAAUUGUUGUAUAUGUUAUAAAUAUU